GUUUUUCUUUGCAAAUUGUGCCGGUGCCGAUCAAAUAAAUAAGUAUUUUUAGUGUAGGACGACAGUGUUAAAAAGUAAUGGAUAGUCCAAAAUCUGGGGCUGCAAUAACAGACCUAAUGGUCUUCCGCCACGGAGGAAUGGCAGAACCCCUAGACUGUUCCACGCCCGCUUUAGACCUGUGUGUCCGCAGACGCAGAUCGCCUUCGCCAAUUCCCGAAGGAGCGGUCACAGUCAAGACGGAAAACCAUCAUUAUGCCGAAGCACCUUCUUCUACCGUUAGCUACGGAAGUCCCAAUUCACGGGCCAGUUCCGACGUUUCGGACCUCUCCAUCUCUUCCGAUCCACUCCGGGAUCUCCCACAUUAUCCAGUGAUGACGCACCUGCCGAUUAUAAGCCCUUUGCCUUCUACACCACUGAAUAACAGUAACGGUCACAGCAAACCCAAAAUCACUCGACCUUUUAAAGCCUAUCCGAAAGAUCCGUUAACAUUGGCAGUCGGCGUCGCGACAACGGAAACGAUCCUUGGGAAGGACUCGGCAGAGGCGUAUGCAGAGUUCAGGCAAAAAAUGCUCGCCCAAGUCCAGGCGACUCACAACACGACAAACAAAAACAUGAGGCGAAAUUCUCAUUCCAUCAAUAUCCACAACAGCGAUCCGACGUAUUUGGAAAAGCGAAAGAAAAAUAACGAAGCAGCCAAAAGGUCACGCGACGCACGAAGGGCCAAAGAGGACGAGAUCGCGAUUAGGGCGGCGUUCUUGGAGCAGGAAAAUAUCAAAUUAAAAUACGAAGUGGCAACACUCAGGAGUGAAAUGGAAAGAUUACGAAGUCUUGUAUACAAUUGAAUGAUGAAAAACUAUUUUUGACCCUUGUGAUCGAAUCUUGUCAUUAGUUCCUAGUACAAUGUUUCACUUUUAUAUUGUAACAUUGUGUGUGUCUGUUUGUGUGUGUGAGAAUAAGGUACUUCAAUAGGUACUGUGGUUUGAAG